UCCACCCAAAAUGGGCGUGGCUUCGCCGGCACCACGUGCUCUGUAGCCCCGCCCGCUGCUGAAUGACAUGGAAGGGCAAAAAGGCUGCGGAGGCUUCAGGCCAGGUGAUGCGCAUGCGCGCCGCCAGAAGCGGCCUCCCUCAGAAACUCGCCGCGAGAAACAUUUUUGUUUCCUUUCAGCCGGGUCUUGCGGCUCUAUUUGAACAGUUCCCCCCGGAGAAGCAGAAAAGAAAUGAGCGGCAGGGCGAUGCUGACACUGGAGAACUUGGCCCAGCUGCACCGCGCUUGCCGGCAGCUGCACUCCCUGGCUUAUGGGAAAGUACACCGAAGACAGUGGAGGCCUGUCCUGCCACCCGCCCGCCCCUUGUGCCCGGUUCAGCUGCACCCUCCGCUCUGGCAGCCGGACACAGCGCCACCAUUCAGGCUUUUCACCACCAAGGAGAGGAAGAAAUCUGAUAAAGUCAAACUGAGACCGACGCAACCAAAACUACAGAAGCAAGAAGUUGAGAUCAAGCCCAGGAUGACGGUGGAAGACCUGGCAAGAGCCAUGCAGAAAGACAUAGAUCAUAUAUAUGAAGCACUGCUAAACACAAACGUCGAUUUGGACUCAUUGGAACCAGAUUCCGUCUUAGAUGAAGCAUGGAUCAAAGACAUCGUGAAAAAAUCUGGCAUGAAGUACAAAUUCGCCAAGUUGAAAGAAGAAAAAAUCAAAGAAAACAAAGAUGCUGUAAAGAGGCCUCCAGCAGAUCCUGCCUUAUUAACCUCAAGGCCUCCGGUUGUUACCAUACUAGGCCACGUUGACCACGGGAAAACCACGUUACUUGACAGCCUGCGCAAAACUCAGGUGGCAGCAACAGAGGCAGGAGGCAUCACCCAGCAUAUCGGGGCCUUUCUUGUGCAUUUGCCUUCUGGGGAGAAGAUAACAUUCCUGGACACUCCUGGCCACGCCGCCUUCUCGGCCAUGAGGGCAAGAGGGACACAUGUCACUGACAUUGUCAUAUUGGUGGUUGCGGCAGAAGACGGUGUGAUGAGGCAGACGGUGGAAUCUAUUCAACAUGCAAAAAAUGCCAAAGUUCCAAUGAUUGUUGCCAUCAACAAAUGCGACAAGCCUGCAGCCGAUCCGGACCGAGUGAAGAAAGAACUGCUGGCUCAUGAUGUGGUUUGUGAAGAGUAUGGAGGAGAUGUUCAAACUGUCCAUAUUUCUGCACUAAAGGGAGACAAUUUGAUAGCUUUAGCGGAGGCAACCGUGGCUCUUGCUGAGGUGCUGGAACUGAAGGCGGACUGCACAGGCCUGGUGGAAGGAACCAUAGUGGAGUCUCGCACAGAUAAAGGGAAAGGCCCAGUGACCACUGCCAUCAUCCAGAGAGGUACUCUGAGAAAGAGCUGCAUUCUGGUUGCAGGAAAAAGUUGGGCCAAAGUGCGCCUGAUGUUUGACGAAAAUGGCAGCCCCAUGGAAACAGCCUCCCCAAGCAUGCCAGUGGAGAUCGUAGGGUGGAAGGAGGUGCCUUCAGCCGGAGAGGAAAUCCUCGAAGUUGAGUCUGAGCAAAGGGCUCGUGAGGUCAUUGAGUGGCGGAUAUAUGCGGAACAGCAAGAGAAAGUGAAGAAGGAUCUUGAGGUCAUCGAAGCAAAGCAAAAGGAACACCAGGAGGCCUACAAGAAGGAGAGGGAAGGCCUGGUCAACCUGACCUGGAAACAGAGGAGAGCGGCUUUGUUCAAAGCCAGAAAGCACCUCAUGGCCAAUCGACCGAAAGAAAAGGUGGAGAGCGACAAAAACAUGCUCCCAAUCAUUAUCAAAGGUGAUGUAGAUGGAUCAGUGGAAGCCAUUCUGAACAUCUUGGACACCUAUGAUGCGGACGAGGAGUGUGAAUUAGAUGUCAUCCAGUUUGGGGUUGGGGACAUUGGUGAAAGUGACAUACACCUCGCAGAAACAUUUAAAGGCAUUAUAUAUGGGUUCAAUGUGAACGCCAGUAAAUCUGUUCAGAAGCUGGCUGCUAAGAAAGGAAUACAGAUAAAAAUGCACAACAUCAUCUACCGUCUCGUUGAAGACUUGCAGGAAGAACUCAGCCGCACUUUACCCCAUGCUGUGGAGGAGCAUGUAUUAGGAGAAGCCAUUGUGCUCGCAACCUUCGAUGUCACCGUAGGAAAGAAUAAAAUCCCUGUAGCUGGCUGCAGAGUACAGAAGGGGCUGUUAGAUAGAAAGAUGAAGUUUAAAUUAGUUCGGAACGGUGAAAUGAUUUGGACAGGACCCUUGUCGUCACUAAAACACCACAAGGACGACAUCUCUGUGGUCAAGACUGGCAUGGAUUGUGGACUGAAUUUUGAAAAGAACAUCGCGUUUGAGGUUGGAGAUGAAAUCGUUUGUUUUGGGGAGAAGGAAAUCGAGCAGAAGAUUUCUUGGGACCCAGGAUUUUAAAUCAUAGAAAAGUUUUGAAAUGAUGGACCAAGCCACGUGGAUUAUGGUCAACGUGCCAAACUGCUCUAAAGAAUCUUGCAUUUUAAGUCAGCUUUAUGCUUUAUCUCAAGCAUACUCCAUGGUUAAAAGUGCCAUAGAAGAUGUAAGGUUUGUCCUCAGAGAUGAAAUGAUGGAUGAGUUGGAUAGCUGCUUUGUGCUGUCACAGAUUCUAUGUUAGAAGUACAAAAUAGUUAAAAACUAAAUUGUGCUUACAAUCAGGAAGGCUUAAGAGACUCAUUUUGGUGAUCUUAUCGGUCUUGUAAACAAAUUAAACUGAAAUUGGGCGGUCAAGACUGCCCCAAAGUCCUGAUUUCUGUUUUAAACUCAUUUGAGAAAUUCACAAAAUCUCCUCCACAGAUUUAGAAGACUACAGAUAUAAUCCCCAUCAUAGGUUGUAUAUUUGGCUCCACAGGUUCUUGGGGUUGGAGCUAAUUAAUUUCUUUUUCGUGUCGGGAGCUACUUGAGAAACUGCAAGUCGGUUCUGGUGUGAGAGAAUUGGCCGUCUGCAAGGAUGUUGCCCAGGGGACGCCCAGAUGUUUGCUGUUUUACCAUCCUGUGGGCGGCUUUUCUCAUGUCCUCGCAUGGGGAGCUGGAGCUGACAGAGGGAGCUUACUCGCUGUCUCCAGAUUCGAACCGCCGACCUGUCGGUCAGCAGUCCUGCUGGCACAAAGGUUUUACUCAUUGUGCCACUGGAGGCCCCGGGCCAAUUAAUGUACUGUAAUUAAUACUUUCAGCCUGAUGAUUUGUACAUAUUAAGAUGCCAAGCAGCGCUUCAAUGAGUCUGUGAAUUAAUCUUGAUGUUUGUAUAAAAAUGGUGCAUAGUUAUCAAUAUAAACUGUGCUCAGUUCAUAAUAUGA